UUGCAUUCGUUGCGUCUGUUAGCUACUUUUUGUACAAAUGUUAUAUAUAUCCAUUGUAUUUAUCACCAUUACGUAAAAUUCCUGGUCCACCUGUUAAUAAUUUUAUUCUUGGACAUUAUGCCUCUUUUUUAAAUAAAGAUCUAAGUGAAGCUUUGGCUCGAUUAGGCAAACAAUAUGGUGGAAUAGUUCGGUUUCAUGUCCUAUUGAACAAGCCUAAUAUAUUAAUUUCUGAUCCAAAACUUAUCCAGCAGGAAGUUCUAGGUGAUGGCAUUAUACUUGCUAAAGGGGAUUCCCAUAAACGACAAAGAAAAAUGAUGAAUCCUUUAUUUGCUUUUGCCAAUAUCAAGGAAAUGUUUCCAAUGUUCGUUCAGGCUGGCCAUAAAUUGAAAGACAUCUGGAUGAAACAAAUUGAUAAUGGGAAAGAGCAAAGAAUUACCAUUACUACAGUAAUUUCAGAGAUAACUUUAGAUGUGAUUGGUCUUAUUGGAUUUGAUUAUGAAUUCAAUUCUACUACUUCAGGGUCGGAAUUAGAUCAAGCAUAUAAUUCAUUAAUUAAUGUUAAUCCACCACUUUUAUACUUGGCUUUUCUCGAUCUCUUUCCUUUCAUAAGAAAACUUCCAAACCCUUAUAAGAUUCAAUUUAUUGAUUCAAUUAAAAUUGUCAAAAAUAUUUCCAACAGACUGGUUACUGAACAAAAAAAUACACCUGUUCAAAGAAAAAAUUUAUUGUCUUUAUUGAUAAAAGCAAAUGAAAAAUUGCCUGUUGAUGAGCAAUUAACACAUGAUGAAUUACUUGGACAGGUUAUGACAUUCCUCUCUGCUGGGCAUGAAACAACUAGCACUGCACUAGCUUGGGCACUAUACUUUCUUGCAAGAAAUCCUGAAAUUCAGGAUCGUCUUCGUAAAGAAGUACUUGAUGUAUUUACUGAUCGUGAUCAUUUUCCAACUUUUGAUGAAAUUGAACAUUUGAAAUAUUUAGAAUGUACUCUUAAAGAAACUUUAAGAAUCGCACCACCUGUGCCUGCACUUCGACGUUAUAAUGUAAAAGAUGAAAUUAUGGACGGCUAUGUUAUCCCAAAGAAAACUCCUUUGGUAAUUCCUAUCUACGCAAUCCAUCGUGAUCCUUUAGUUUGGGGUGAUGAUGCUGAAUUCUUUAACCCAUCUCGGUGGCUUGAUCCAGAAAUAAAAUCAAAAGUAUCGAAUAAUAAUUACUUACCUUUUGGUGCUGGACCAACCAAUUGUAUAGGAAUGAAAAUGGCACAAUUGGAAUUUAAAUCAAUGUUAUCUAUAAUUAUUAGAAAUUUUGAGUUUAGAUUAGUUGAGGGUUUUACUUUCGAAAAGAAAUUUUCUGAUUUAGCUAAACCUAUUCCUGGUAUUGAUUUAUGGGUUUCAAAAGUUGAUUAUUAA